UGCGUGCGUGAGCACACACGCACGCACACACGCGCCUCCUCCGUCAGGUCAAUGCGGACAGCGUAAAGACGAUACGUACACACGCACACACUCACGCACGUACACUCACGCACGUACACACACGCGCAAACACUCACGAACGCGUGCAUAUAUAAGCAGGGGCUCCCAGCGCUCAGAGCAACAACAUCGCCAGACCGGCUCGAAGACGCCUCGAGUGGAGCGGGCUUCGUCUUCUCAACCCCCCACGCCGAUCAGCCGAGACCAUCCCGUCCGCUACUCAGCCACGCGCGAGCGACGAUGGGCGACUGGCAACUGCGUUUCCUGUUAUUGCUGCUCGCCCGGGGCACUGUCCAUGGUGCUGAACUCGGGCAGAGGCAGCAGCAGCAACGCGACUUGGCCGCCGACGGGAGGUCGCUGCUGGCUUUGCUGCUGCUCGGCAGAAAUGAGAACACCACCAGCAGCAGCAGCUCCUCCGAGAGCGACCCCACGGGAUCCGUUACCGAGGCCGAGACCGGCACCGUUGCGGCCUCGGCCGACCGGGACGUGGCCGCCGUGGACAUGACCGAGAGCUGGCUCCCGCGGGCGAUGGGCGUCCGUUCGGAGGGACUCCGCGCCCGCCCGCACGCGGACCCCCCGGCCGCCGAGCUGGAUAUUCGCGAACGAGCGCGGCCGAACAAAGAGAGUUCCAAGGACAGAUACAUCAGUCGUCUAACAGGUCCCCUACACUUCCCCCCGGCGUGCAUACACGACUACUACCUGGUCUACCACAAGACCCGCGAGUGCACGUUCCGAGAAUACUACAAACGGUGUGCGCGACUCCUCAUCCGUCUCGCCAACGGCCCUCUCUGCUCCUCCGGCCACUGAGUUCGACCCGCCGAGUUGUGCCAGCGCUGCGGUGUCUGGAACACUGCGGAGUCCCCGCGACGACAACAACAAUAGAAGUGCCUUUCCGUGAGAGCGCAGCGAGAUAGAGUGGCUCCCACCACAACCACCACCACCGUCAUCAUCAUCAUCACCGUCAUCAUCAUCAACCCCGAGGCCAAGGAAGGAUUCGCUCCACAUCGGAAUCAUCGCAGCCGCCAGCGCAGCGGAUGUUGUCGCGUGACUCGCCACCGCACGGACCCUGGGCUCCGUCUCCGGCGGUCCGAUGACAUCGCCACCCAGCGGUGAAGUUUCGAGUUCGCGAUUCGGCCGCUCGGCAUCCACCGAGAGAGGAUGAGAGAGGGGAGAGGAACCGGAGUGGAGCGUGGCCUGGCGAAGGGCAUUGGACAGAGCCUUGCCCAACAACGCAGCCAAUCAGCACCCAGCACUACCCCGAUCCGCUGCCGGCUCAUCGCAAGGGAAAUCGGCCCCUAGAACUACCGCUAACUAGCCAACCAGCCCCCAGAACUACCCGCAACUCUAACUGUACCAGUACAUAAUACCAUUAGCCCUCCCCUAAUCACACUAGCCAAUCCGAUUCUAGCACUACCCUUGGCCCUAACCCUUUUCUCAUCUCCAACUUCCAAUCAUCCUCUCGCACUGGCUUCGCCCCUAAUACUCAAAAUCAGAAUCCGAACGCGUCACAUCUCUAAUCGCCGCCGGGUGGUAGAGGGACUCGCGACAUAUUUGCCAAAAUCGUUACGUGGCUAAAAGUUAAUGUACCACCACAAACCUUUUCACUCUCUGUCGUCUCGCAUCCCAUUCCACGUUUACAGCCCCCCUUCCUCCCCCCGCCGCACCGCUCGUCCACACGCACACACUCGUACGGUGCGAAAGAAGUUCAGCAUACAUACGUUGUGUGUUAAACAUAUAUACGGUAUUGUUUAAUAGGGCGUCUUUCAACAUUCAGCCUGUUUCUGCAACGAACGAACGAAUGGAUGGAUCGAUGAAUGGAUGGAGGACUCAUUCCUAAGUUAUCAGGUUAAGUUUGGCGGUAUAAUUUAUUAUAAUAUAUUAAUAUUGUUGUUAGAAUUGUUUUCUUGGAAAUGCUGACACAGUGAAUCGUGUGAGAUUGGGUGAGGCCAGUGCCUGGGAUGUCGGACAAUGUCUGGAAACAAACUCGGGGUGGCUUUGCCGAUCGAUGUUGCUUUUGUUGGAACGGAACAGGCCUAAAAUUAUCAAACGGCCAGCAACAAACAGCACUCUCAAAUAUGUGAUAAGAGUUAGCAAUUUUCGUGUGAACACGUGAUUGGUCAGCGUAUUUGCUCAGCAGUCGAAACGCACAAUAGCUGAUUGGCUACCGUGAUUGCCCAAAAGUGAGAACGAACAAAUGUGAUUGGUCCGUGUGAUGUCUCAACAUUGAAACGGUCAACCCUGAUUGAAUGCCGUGUUUUCUCAGCAGCGCAAUGUACACACGUGAUUGGCUACCGUGGUGGUCCAGCAGUGCAAUGGACGAACCUGAUUGGCUGGAUUGCGUGGGGGGAUUUGUGAUGCCCAAUUGUGUCGCUGCAUCGCACUUUGUGUUUACUGUGUAUGAUGUCAUGAUCAUAAUCAUACACUACCAGUAUUUAUCUAUUUAUAUCCGGGUCUUGCAAAAUGUUGGUUGUAAAUAUGUGAGCUGUGUACAAAAAUACAUGUUUUGCAAAAAAGAAAACAUCAGCUGCUGA